CACAGUAUAUAUUUAGGGUUUGCAAAAGCUCCUCUUUUUUCUUUGCCUCAGCAGCUAGAAGGAAGCAGAUCGCAAAUUACCGCCUCAAAGAAGUCCAGAUUUCUGGACUGUAUCUGACCUAGCUCCUCCAACAUGGCUAGAGGUUUGAAGAAGCACUUGAAGAGGCUUAAUGCUCCUAAGCAUUGGAUGCUUGACAAGCUUGGUGGUGCAUUUGCUCCCAAGCCAUCAUCUGGCCCACACAAAUCAAGGGAAUGUCUUCCGUUGAUUCUCAUCUUGCGAAACAGACUGAAAUAUGCACUAACAUAUGGUGAGGUAGUCUCAAUUGUGAUGCAACGCCAUAUUCUUGUUGAUGGGAAGGUCAGGACUGAUAAGACCUAUCCUGCUGGUUUCAUGGAUGUUGUAUCAAUUCCCAAGACAAAUGAAAACUUCCGCCUCCUUUAUGAUACAAAAGGACGCUUCAGACUCCACUCUAUCAGGGACGACGAGGCCAAGUAUAAGCUUUGCAAAGUUAGGUCUGUCCAGUUUGGGUCAAAGGGUAUUCCAUACAUCAACACCUACGAUGGUCGGACAAUUCGCUACCCAGACCCUCUUAUCAAGGCCAAUGACACAAUCAAGUUUGACUUGGAAUCAAACAAGAUUGUAGAUUUCAUCAAGUUUGAUGUUGGCAAUGUUGUUAUGGUAACUGGAGGUAGGAAUAGGGGUCGUGUUGGUAUUAUCAAGAACAGAGAAAAACAUAAGGGAAGUUUUGAAACCAUUCACGUUCAGGACUCAACUGGUCACGAGUUUGCUACUCGAUUAGGCAAUGUGUUUACCAUCGGGAAGGGUUCUAAGCCUUGGGUGUCUCUUCCCAAGGGCAAAGGUAUCAAGUUGACUAUUAUUGAGGAGGCCAAAAAGAGGCUUGCUGCCCAAUCUGGAGCAGCUGCUUGAUGAAAACAACUAGUAGCAAGAUGAUUGAAUGUUGUGGUGCCUUAAGAAAACUGACUUAUCUUUUGUCAAUUUUAAGAAAUGUUUUUGACCCUGUUUUGUGAACUUUUUCAAUACUGUUUCCCUUCAUCUAUUUAUUUUACUCAUCACAUCCUUAUUUAUGA